UCUCUGUCUCUCUCUCUCUGUCUCUCUCUCUCUCUCAGUCUGUCUGGUUCCGGUCAGAUCUCGGGUCCAGUAAACCCGAAACAAAAUGGCGUCCGCCGGUCCACCCGACAUGGGCUUGUCUGCCCCUCCAGGGUCCAGCGGGGUUCGAAAGAUGACUGCAACAGAGGGUCCUGGAUCAUCUCAAAGUAUGAAGAAGACCAUCGGUCACCGGGGAGUUGACCCCACAGGAGAAACAACUUACAAAAAGACAACCUCGUCUGCCUUGAAAGGUGCCAUCCAGCUUGGGAUCGCACACACAGUGGGCAGCCUGAGUCAGAAAGCCGAGAGGGACGUCCUAAUGCAGGACUUUUACGUAGUCGAGAGCAUUUUCUUUCCCAGUGAAGGAAGUAAUCUGACUCCAGCUCACCACAAUGGCGACUUCAGGUUUAAGACCUAUGCCCCCAUUGCCUUCCGCUACUUCAGAGAGCUCUUUGGCAUCAGACCUGAUGACUAUCUGUACUCUCUGUGUAAUGAUCCAUUGAUCGAGCUGUCUAACCCUGGAGCGAGCGGGUCGAUAUUUUAUGUCACCAGCGAUGAUGAGUUCAUCAUUAAAACAGUGCAGCAUAAGGAAGCUGAGUUUCUGCAGAAACUACUGCCUGGCUACUUUAUGAAUCUGAAUCAGAACAAGAGAACGCUGCUCCCAAAAUUUUACGGCUUGUACUGCGUGCAAGCGGGUGGGAAGAACAUUCGUAUGGUCGUGAUGAAUAACCUCUUGCCAAGGAGCGUGCCUAUGCAUCUCAAAUACGACCUGAAGGGCUCCACGUACAAGCGGCGCGCCUCUCCUAAAGAGAUCGAAAAGAGCGUCCCCACUUACAAAGACCUGGACUUCAUCCAGGACAUGCCCGAGGGCAUCCAGCUUGAACCAGACAACUACAACGCCCUCUGCAAAACAAUCCAGCGGGACUGCCUGCUGUUGCAAAGUUUCAAGAUUAUGGACUACAGUUUGUUGGUGGGGAUCCAUAAUGCCAAUCAGGCAACUCGUGAGCGGACGGGGGCAGUGGAGGGUGGGGUCUCUGAAGGGGCAGUGACGCCGGACCACAGGAGGCCACAGGUUCAAAAAGCUCUGUACAGCACUGCGAUGGAGUCCAUACAGGGAGAGGCCAAAGGAAAAGGAUCAAUGGAAACAGAGGACCAAUGGGGAGGCAUCCCAGCACGCAACAGCAGAGGAGAGAGAAUACUGGUUUAUAUUGGAAUUAUUGAUAUCCUGCAGUCAUACAGGUUUAUAAAAAAAAUAGAGCAUUCCUGGAAGGCCUUGGUUCAUGAUGGGGACACGGUCUCCGUACAUCGACCAGGAUUCUACGCCGAGCGAUUUCAGCGUUUCAUGUGCAACACUGUUUUUAGAAAAGCAUUAAAAUCAUCCCCAUCAAAGAAGAGUCGAGGAGGCUGUUCAAGCGUCGUCAGACGGCUUCCUAUGGGAAGUGCUGCUCCCGCCCUCAGCGGACAGCCGGUCAUGGAUGCCAGACUCCUGUAUCGUACUCACCUUAACCAAUCUGAUGUGGAGGGAGAAAGUGGCAUGCAGUCGGACAGACCGGACCUGCUUCCGCACGGCUAUCCUUUGGCUGGAAGCAGUGAGUUUGCUGAGACAAAUCUGUCAAACUCAUCAUUAGGUAGCACAGGAAUGAUAUCAUCUUCACCUCCUCAAAGGUCAGUAGGGGUGGAGGUGCACAAAUCUGCAGUCACAGAGGCUGACAAUGGCGCCCCCCAAAGCACGGGAGCAGAAUACUUAGAUGAGCAAUUAAGCAGCGAAGACGGAGUUUCACUACAAGACAUCCCAGAAACUGAAAUCUGCUUUUAAAAAAGAGCGAUGUGCGGUGACAGAAGAGCAGACGGCGAGUGCCUCUGAGCGCCUCUGAAUGGGAGCUUUGAGUCUUCAGCACAAGACAUCAUAAAGAUGUAUUUCAAAACAGAGUGAAAUUGACAGGAAAUGAAGAGAAAUCCCUGGAUGAGAGAGGUUUAAGUGGCUCUCUCCUGCACAGGUGAUGCUGCUAAACCACAGAUGUUAACCACAAACUUAUGGGGAAAGUGAAAUUAGAUAUUUUAGUCACACGUUUUACUAUCUUUGUGUUCCCUAAACACACUCAAAACUGAACAAGCAGGAUGCACAAACUAAUUUUAGUUGUUUUUAUUUUUUUGUAGUGAUGGGAGGUAGAUACACUCACGCACGUUAUAUGCACCACUUUAUAUUAUUGUUGGUUUAUUUUGCAUAAAUCUUUAUUUAUUUAGGUCUUUAAACCUGAAGCUUCUCUCUGAACUGGUGUGAUGUAGAUGAAUAGCUGCUAGCGCUCCAGUGUAGAUAUAUGCAUCACACUGCAUUAAGUCAGCGAUAAAUAGAGACACCUUACAUUUCUUCAGGCAUGUCUGUACAUAAUCAUAUAUGAAGGCUUAUGGUGAACUGAUGAGAGCUUCUCUUUGGUGACUUUUUCCAGCUCUUUCUGUGUUGAGACAGCAUGUGCCCUUAUAGAGAUGGAAAACUGACCAAAAAUGAUUCCCGGUUGUUAGAAAGCAGAAUGCAUUUAAAUGUUAAGAAUGUUAUAUAUGACCCUAGAGUAUCGCCUAUAUUUCAUGGUUGGCAUCAGUGUUGCUUUCGUUAUUGCCUUUACUAUGUUGUUCUUUAUGCAUUUACAGUGCCUCUCGUUCGAUUUGGCGUGUGCGCGUUUUAAGUGUUUGUAUUUCUAUGCAUUUUUCUCCCUACUCAUGGCAAGUUGUCUUUGCAUAAUUGGACCAAUAUCAAGUUUCGCAAAACGGACAGAGUGUCUUUUUUUUCUAUAAAUGCAGAUUUUGUUGCCAUGCCAUGAGCCCCCGUAAUAUUCAUGUACUGUAUUUACAUAUUGUAUAUAGCUCUCUGUAAAUAAUUAUUCAUUGUGUUUAUGUAUGUAUUACAACAAAAUGUUACUAAUGUGCUCUUAUCAGCUAUUGACUGAUUGAACGAUGUGCCAUGACGUCUUCCGAUCACCUGCCUUAAUGCAGCUAUAAAAAGCAAUGCAUUGGUAUGAAAACUCAUUUCUGCUGGAUACAGAAAUCGCAAGGCCUCAAAACACACGGACCAAUGUGGAUAUGCAUGCAUUCGCUUCAUGUACCUGCUACAGAUGCUAAACCGUUCCUCCAAAACGCAUUUGUAUUUUUAAUGACCUUUUCACACUAACCUGAAUUGUUUUCUAGAGGUUUAUACAAUCAUGUAAUGUGUAGACAUGACAAUUUACAAAAGGAAUGUAAAUUGAAAUUACAUUCCGAUGAGUUUGGUUCUCGGUCGAUCACAAGCACACAUACUCCGUAACCUCAGAAACUUCGUAGCUGUACUGUUUGACUCGCUCAAUUUAAACAUAUUUACACUAAAAUGAGUUUAGCAGGGCACAUGUGAACACUGUAUUUAACAGAGGAGCUGGAAAGUAACCCAAGGAGGCAUAGUUCCUGAUUAAUCUACUUUUCUAUUAUCUGAACAAUACAGCUUCUGUCUGAUACAUUUAGAUUAUGAGACUGAACUAAGCUUGUCAUUUUUAACACACGUUACUUCCACUUUUUUAAGUGCCCUCUUAUGCAUUUCUUAUUGGCGGUAAUUUAAACAAUAGUCUGAAGUGUUAUUAAAUGGAGGCAGGUCUUGAAGUAUUUAAAGAAGGGCUAACCGUAUUGAACCUUUCCUGAAUAUAGUACUUUAUUAGUACACUUCCAUCUGAAAACAGUGAAGUGCAUUCAUCCCUUAAAAGUCAUAUUUUUGCCAAGGACUACCUAAAGAAACGUUUUCAUGCACGUAGAAUAUGCACAAGUACUUUUCCUAGACUGCUUUUGAAGAAACCACAGAACUGCUUUUUUAAAGCUGCAGUAUUUAUGCACAUUCUGAUGGUUAAUGUGUUAAUAUCACAUUGUAGGUUGAAGGUUUAACUUAACUUUUUAUUUAUUUUUUGCUUUGCUUUUUUGGUUUGAAUCAUUUCAAUGCAUUUUUUGUUUGUUUUGUAAUUAAAGUCUUUGUCAAAUGUCACACAAUCUAA